UCUGACUGGCUGGGCGGCGCGCGAUGACGUAUACGGCGCCACGCCCCCUGCCCAGGACGCCGACAAGAAAAGGGUGGCUCCGCUUUAGCGUCCGCGCCAUCAGGCAGACCCGAGGUGGCGGCCAGGUCCUUUCUUAACAGUAUAUGGUUUUCCCCGCCAAGCGGUUGUGUUUGGUGCCGUCCAUGGAGGGCGUCCGCUGGGCCUUUUCCUGUGGCACCUGGCUGCCCAGUCGAGCCGACUGGCUGCUCGCGGUGCGGUCGAUCCAGCCCGAGGAGAAGGAGCGCAUUGGCCAGUUCGUCUUUGCCCGGGACGCUAAGGCAGCCAUGGCUGGUCGUCUGAUGAUAAGAAAAUUAGUUGCCGAGAAAUUGAAUAUCCCUUGGAAUCAUAUUCGUUUACAAAGAACUGCAAAAGGAAAACCCGUUCUUGCCAAGGACUCAUUGAAUCCUUACCCCAAUUUCAACUUUAAUGUCUCUCAUCAAGGAGACUUUGCAGUGCUGGCUGCGGAGCCUGAGCUACAAGUGGGAGUUGAUGUCAUGAAAACAAGUUUUCCCGGUCGUGGUUCAAUUCCAGAAUUCUUUCAUAUUAUGAAAAGGAAGUUCACAAACAAAGAAUGGGAAACGAUCAGAAGCUUUAAAGAUGAAUGGACUCAGCUGGAUAUGUUUUAUAGGAAUUGGGCAUUGAAAGAAAGCUACAUAAAAGCCAUUGGUGUUGGACUGGGAUUUGAAUUACAACGUCUUGAAUUUGAAAUAUCUCCAUUAAACUUGGAGAUAGGCCAAGUUUAUAAAGAAACACGUUUGUUCCUGGAUGGUGAGGAAGAAAAAGAAUGGGCAUUUGAGGAGAGCAAAAUAGACGAGCACCACUUUGUUGCAGUAGCUCUCAGGAAACCCGAUGGAGCCACACAUCAGGAUGUUUCAUCUCAAGAUGAUUCUAAACCAUCUCAGAGGCAAUUUACUAUCCUCACUUUUAAUGAUUUAAUAUCAUCUGCUGUUCCCAUGACACCUGAAGAUCCUUCAUUUUGGGACUGUUUUUGUUUCACGGAAGAAAUUCCAAUACGAAAUGAAUUUCGCUAUGUAAAUCCCUGAUUGUCAAAAGAGAAUGGCUGAAAGUAAAUGUUCAAGGCAAGCAGCUCUUUCCUUACCCAAUGAAUUCAUCCUUAAUGAGAUCAGGAAAAUAUUCAGCUGCAAAAGGAAUUACAUGACAUUCUUGCAAAUAGAAUCAUGAAAAGCAACUAUAAGAAUAUUAUACUUGGGCCUACCACAGCUGAACCAACUGAUCCUCCACCUCAGGCACCGGGAUCCCAUGUGGGCAUUGGUUUCUGUCAAGGCUGCUCUACUUCCCAUCCAGCUCCCCGAUUGUGGUCUGGGAAAGCA